AUGUCUACUGCCGAAGAGGCCAAUGACGCCCGCCGCGCGGCGAUCGCGGAUGUCCAGCGCCUCCUGCAGCACCCCGAUGACCUCAAGAAGCUCCCGGCACUCCGACAGGAGUAUCUCAUGCGCCAGCAGGGGAACAAGGCCGCCCUGAGCUCCGCCGUGGCCGCCCAGAUCGAGGCCACGCGUGGCGGGGUGGAGAUGCUGAACACCGCCCUGGCCGCCAUCCAGGCCCUGCGCUCCGACUUUGCGACGAUCGAGGCGCUGUGCACGGAGAGCGCCUCCCUCAUCCAGAGCCACGACAAGAUCCAGCUGCUCAGUGCGGUGCAUGGCAAUCUGCACAGCACACUCAAGGACGUGGAGAACAUCGUGGCGCUGCCCAGGGAGGCGGCAGCUGCCCAGCAGCUCCUGGACGGCGAGGCGCCGCUGCUCCAGGUGUACCAGCGGCUGCUGGUGCUGGAGGGCACCAGCAUCAAGGCGCAGGCCGCACUGGAGAGCGGGACGCAGGUCAACCUGAAGGAGGCCAAGAACCUGAACUCUUACUUCCAGCGGGUCCGUGCCGCGCUGGUCAAGUUUGAGGAGCGGCUGUGGUCUGUGGUCCGCGCCUUCCUCCCCCUCAGCCGGGGCAAUCCGGGGCAGCUGAUCGACGCGCUGCAGGUCAUAGAGCUGCAGGACGCCGUCGACUCCGCGCUCGUUGCUGCUGGGCAAGUGGGGCACCCCCUGAGGAAAGCAUGGCGGCGGCGCUGCAUCGGCCAGCUGGGCAUGUCGGUGCAGGAGAGGUUUGCGCCGCUCCUGGCACGCUGCUCCCGGCUGGUCAUGGCGGGGGAGAACACCGACGCCCAGGUCUCCGCCAUCCUCGCAGACGCCGACGCUUUCCUCGCACAGGCGCGCCGGGGAGGCUCUGAGUGCAGCGAGCGGUCCAGGCUCCCCGACGUGUACGAGUAUGUGCAGGUGUGCUUUCCCCCCUCCUACUCCGUGUUCGAGGUGGUGAGCGCCGAGUACUGCACCCACCUGGCCUCCAUGCUGGACUUCAUCGGCCUCUGCGCCGAGCAGCUGGCAAACGAGGACAUCCUGCGGGUGGUGGGCUGGGUGGGCGGCGCGGGCGACGCGCUGUGCGCGCUGGGCCUGCCCCCGGGUCGCGCCUCCUUCCCGGACGCGCCCGGAUCAGGGCUGGGCCUGCUGGUGGAAAAAUAUACGGACUACAGCGAGCCGCCCAAGGUGACGGCGGAGGGUCGGGUUUGGACCCCCGGCCCCGUCGACUUCUUCCGCAUCCUGAACGAGCAGCUGGGCGUGGCUGCCGGCGUAGACGACGGCCCGCUGCUGGCGGCCACCGCCCGCGCCGCGAUGGAGGCAAUGGCCUCCUACCAGGCCUCCCAGCGCGCCGCGGUGGCCUCCGGGCGGCUGGGUCUGGACCUGCUCUGCGCGGCGGUGAACAACAACAUGCGCUGCUACGACGAGAGCCUGCAGUUUGCGGAGCGGCUGCAGAAGUCGCUGGAGCGGCGGCGCAGGGGCCAGCUGGACAUCGAGUCGGCGUGCCGCGGUUUCCUGGGCCUGGCCCAGGAGGCCGUGGGCAUGCUGAUGGGCCUGGUCUUCUCUGACCCCGGGUUCGUGGGCCUGCUGCUGCAGCUGGGCUGCAGCACCGCCUGGCUGGCAGGCACCUGCACCGGCAGCAUGUUGGCCACGCUGGAGGACUACCUGGUCGACUUCUCCGCCAUGAUCCAGCCUGCCCUGCUGCCGCGCGUGGCGGAGGGCAUGCUGGAGGAGACCGUGGCGCACUACUCGGGUGCCGUGCUCGCCGGCUUGACCCUGGCGGGGGAUGACGAGGUGGCGGCCCUGCGUCGCGACCACGGCCGCAUCCUGGAAUUCUUUGGUCGCCACGUCAAGCCAGCCAAGGCGGCUGCGGCGUGCCAGCUGAUAGAGGAGCUGACCGAGUUCCUGGGUGCCGACUCCCUGGACGGCUUCGUGCUUUCCUACGGCUCCAUUGUGUCCCUGGCCCCGGGCAUCACCCCAACCCUGCUCGGGGGGUUGCUGGCCGCGCGUGUUGCUGCGGGGACCGAGUUCAGCAAGGCCGACGCCAAGGAGGUGUUGGAGGAGUGCAGGGAGGUGUAUGCCUCUAGGCAGCCCCAGAGGCCUGGGGCUGGGCCCACGGGCUCGAGCACGACUCUGCGUGGGAGCCCCGUGAAGGCCGCAGGCGCAAGGGAGGCUGCUCUGCAUGCGGCGGUGGCGGCUGUGCGCAGGAGGGCGGCCGACCAGGCAGACUGA